UCGAUUGGAGAGAGAAAAUCUUGAAGAGAGAAUGUCGUUGAAAGAUCGUGUCAAAGCGAUUUUUAAGAAAUACGGAUUUACAGUCGCUGCUGUUCUAACUGCCACUGGUGUUAUAGUUGGUGUUAUUGUAAGCAAUCUGAAAGCUGGGCUGACUAGUGUUGCAAAAGGUGUUGGAAAUGGUCUGAAAACAAUAGGCAAAAAAUUAGGAGAAAUACUCCCAGGAAUGGUUGGUGCGAUAGCUAGUUUCAUAUUUAGAACGGCAGGUGAAGUUGUUGGCUUUUUAGCUAAAAACGCUUGGCUUCUCAUCGUCGCCGCCGUCCUGUAUUUCGUAGAACGGUUUAAAAGGAGACGGAAAUCAUAACAAAUGGUAUUACUCUACAUUGAAGGAAAAGUUGCUGACUUUACUGUCUAUUUAGAACAACCUAUUGAAAAGCCGCGGUUUAUCGCGCUGCGAGGAUGUGCGUUUCAUAAUCGUUGUAACAGUCUCUCAAGCGAGGGAACGGUCUCCGACGGUGAGAACAUUAUCCUUAGGAUCCCCGCGGGGCAGUAUACGAUCGAGACGCUAAAACGUCAAAUAGAUGGGGGUAUGCGUCUUGGUGAAAAGUCAGUCUCUAUUAGAGACUCGUCACUCGAAGUUCAUCGGAACGUCGUGUUGAAUGAGCCGCUCGCCUGCCUGUUAGGACUCAAGACCAGGGAGCUGGAAGCAAACACUCGCCACGAGAUAAAGAUGAUAGGUCACGAGGCUAUUUUUAUCCACUGCGAUCUUGUGAACGCGUCUGACUCCCUCCAACAAGGGGCGCCCUCACAAAUCCUAACAUCUAUAGAGCUUGAUGAAGGAAAGAUAUACCUUAAUCCACACGAUCCGAUACAGACCUGCGUACCUGGACCCGACUCGGACCCGAAGACCGCCUGCCGCCGGAACUCCCGUAAAAACGCCACUCCCCUUCGUGCGCGAUCACGCGCUGCAUCUGUUCCCCGCACUCUAAGCAACUAGUGACCCCGUUUUCUGUGACUAGGUCGUCAUGAUUGCAAAGGGCGUUACUACUACCCUCGUCUUCCAAGGAGGCUCUAUCAGUCUCGUAUUUGGCGAGGGCUUGAUCAAACAGUGCAAAUUCCGACACGAGAAUGGGGACGUUAAUCUCGGGUACCGGCCCGUCCGGGGAUAUUAUAUGGUGGUGGUGACUGAUCUUCAACCAUACGUUCAACCGUCCGUCUCUCCAUUUUAUUAAACUGUUCAUGUCUUUAAGCCA